GUUUACAGCUGUGCUUUUGUAACGUGUGUACGUAUGCGGAGGUCACUUAUGAUCAUACACGGAGGCAGAUUGCUUCGAUACCCGCAAUAACUGACCGACAAGAGGGCAUUCAUUAUUUGACGCCAAUACGCAUGUUCCAUGGGCAGCAGCACUAGCAGUCUCUACAGUGCCCUGGCUAAGACCAUCAGCAGCCCUGCUCUCCCUCACCCCUGUGAAUCUGGAUACAAUCUGGAUAACAACCUGGAUCUGGAUCAGGACCUGGUGGACCCUUUGGAGCUGUUGAAAGAAUGUAGAGAGGUUCUGAGAAACCGGCCAGCCCGAUUGCACAGGGCUUUCGUUCAGACUAGGCAUGAAGACUCUAGGCACACGGCAAUCAGAGUAAUGCAGUGGAAUGUUCUAGCACAAGCACUCGGUGAAGGCAUGGACAGUUUUGUGCAGUGCCCCAUGGAUGCUCUGAACUGGGCUGAAAGGAAGUAUUUGAUACUGGAAGAGAUCCUAACGUACAGACCUGACAUCCUGUGCCUACAGGAAGUUGAUCACUACUUUGACAUGUUUCAGCCUGUUUUGGCUAGUUUGGGCUACCAGAGCAGCUUCUGCCCCAAACCAUGGUCACCCUGUCUGGAUAUAGAGAACAACAAUGGCCCCGAUGGCUGUGCUUUGUUCUUCAAUAAAAAACGCUUCCAGUUAAUAAACACAACGCACCUACAACUGUCUGCCAUGAUGCUAAAUACAAAUCAGGUUGCAGUCAUAACUACAUUGCGUUGCCAAGCAACAGGACGGGCUUUCUGUGUUGCGGUAACGCAUCUGAAGGCACGGAGUGGUUGGGAGGUUCUUCGCAGUGCACAAGGUUCAGAUCUGUUGAGGAACCUGCAAAACAUUGCACAGAGAAUGGAGAUGGAAGAAAAUUCAAAUACUGACGUUCCUCUGAUAGUAUGUGGUGAUUUUAAUGCUGAGCCAUCGGAGGAUGUCUAUAGAAAUUUCGCAGCAUCUAGUCUUGGACUCAACAGUGCAUACAAGCAUCUGAGUACGGAUGGAAAAACUGAGCCACCUUAUACAACGUGGAAGAUCCGUCCUAGUGGGGAGAGUUGCCACACUCUGGACUAUGUGUGGUAUUCACAUAGAGCGUUUAAUGUCUGUGCAGUUCUGGACUUUCCUACAGAAGAACAAAUUGGACCAAACAGGCUGCCUUCCUAUAACUACCCCUCAGAUCACCUCUCGCUUGUCUGUGACAUUAGCUUCAUGGAUCUACCGCUUGCUUCCCAAUAACUGGAGGUUUACUGGUAAUCUUGCAAGACAUUUACCACAGGUUAAGAUUUAUGUUGGCACAAGAUUUCCAAAUACUUUUGUUUCAUGAAUAUUCAAUGAUUAGGUCUGUAUUUCCUCAAAGGAAUGUUUCGAGUGCAAUAGAUGUUACAGCAUCUGUGGCCUGCUGUUGAUAAAUGUAAAUCAUCCCAAAAAUCACUUUUAAAGGAAUGCACAUACAAUACAAGUAUAUGGGGCAUCCUAGGUUCUGCACUAGGAUGAACAUUAAAAAAGACAUACAGUUUUGAAAGUAUAGCCACAAGAUUGAAACAUUAUAGGUGUUAACAAGAGACUGAUGUGACAAAAUGACUUCAUGUGCAAAGUUAUAUCCAAUUUUUUCAACUCCUGUCAUCACCAUGUAAGCCUGGUAACUUUUGCAUGUGCAUGAACAGGAACAGUAUAAUGGUAGUCUGCAACUAAAAGGACUUAAAAGGAGUUAGACAACUUAACAGCUCAAAUAAACAAAAUUGUACAGAAGCAUUAAUAUACCAUAAUAUAUAAACUCAGCAAAAAAAUAAAUAUCCUUUUUUCAGGACACUGUAUUUUAAAGAAAAUUUAGUAAAGAUCUUUAUUGUAAAGGGUUUAAACAAUGUUUUCCGUGCUUGUUCAAUGAACCAUAAACAAUGAAUGAACAUGCACCUGUGGAACAGUCAUUAAGACACUAACAGCUUACAGAUGGUAGGCAAUUAAGGUCACAGUUAUAAAAACUUAGGACACUAAAAAGACCUUUCUACUGACUCCGAAAAACACCAAAAGAAAGGUGGCCAGGGCAAUAAAUUGCAAUGUCCAUACUGAGAUGCCUAAGACAGCACUACAGGGAGACAGGAAGGACAGCUGUUCAUCUUGGCAGUGGCAGACAAGGUGUAACAUCUGCACAGGAUCGGUACAUCUGAAUAUUACACCUGCGGGACAGGUACAGGAUGGCAACAACAAAUGCCCGAGUUGCCUAUGGGCGCAAACCCAUCUUCACUGGACCUUUCGGCAAUGGACAUUAUUCCAUUUCUGUUAGUCACAUGUCUGUGCAACUUGUUCAGUUUAUGUCUUAGUUGUUGAAUCUUAUUAUGUUCAUACAAAUAUUUACACAUGUUAAGUUUGCUGAAAAUAAAAGCAGUUGAAAGUGAGAGGAUGUUUCUUUUUUUGCUGAGUUUAUAUGUUAAAAAUACAAGCUGCACGUUUCCAGAAUGUCUUCGCCUCUAGACAUCAAUCGAAGGUGCAUUAGUGCAAACAUGAUUUUAUUUUGAUUGUCAAACUGAUGGACAAGUCAAAUUAUUAUCUGGGGUUAUGGAAUGGCACACUUGAGUUGUGGUGCUGUGUUUACGGCAGUAAAUAUUAUAAAUGUUUAUUCCUAAAACUGACUCUUAAGAGAGUCAUUCUCCAGUUGUUUCUUGU